AUGGCACGUUCUUGGUGCCUCUUCUUGGUGGUGGCAGGGUUUGUGGCAGUACCUCCCAGUUUCGUGACUCCGCUUUCGGGGUCGCAGUCCUCAUCCAGGAGGACGCUCUCAACUCACAGAAGGAAGCUGACUCGCUCCGCCCUUGCAGAUGAGCUGAUCUCCUGGGCCGAGGCUGCUGGGUACGUGCCAAACGAGGCCCCGAAAUCCCUCGGGGGCUCCGAGUGGGCGCAGUUUCAUCGCCUAAAGACGGAGACCGCCGACUUCUUCGUCAAGUCUUCCAGCCGAGCAGCUUCCAAGAUGUUCGUUGGCGAAGCAGAGGGUCUCCGGGCUCUAGGCCACGCGGCGGCGCGCGAGGGGCUGCUAAGGGUACCGAAGGUACAUCAUGUCGGUGACAGAGAGGACGGUGCCGGAUCCUUCAUUGUCAUGGAGUACUUGGAACUAGGGGGCCCUCGCAACUCGCUUGAACUCGGCCGGGCGAUGGCAUCACUGCACGCGCAGAAGGAGAGCGACAGAUUUGGCUUUGAGGUCGACAACACGAAGCUCGACGGGUGA